GCUAUGAAAGUAGCAAACGUAAUGUCAUGAUUAUUGAUCUGAGUGGAUGAAGCACUGAUUCCCCGUUUCACUCAUACGUUAAAAUACAGUUACACUUUAUUUUUUAAUACACGAAAGCUUCUUGUUGUCUUGUACUGGGUCUUUUAUUUUGAAACUUGUCAGCAGGAUACUGGUUGUUUUACGUCUCUUGUUAAUGGAAUUUUCAUUGAACCUGCCGAAGCUGUAAGAGAGGGGAAACGGGUACCUGGAUCUAUUGUUAUUUUACUUUUAGUUUUUAUUCUGGAUGACGAUAACGCAACUCUGAACGGAACCCCCCAAAGCGGACUACCCACCAUGUCGGCUGAGGAGGAGAGGGGGGUAGUUCGUGUCAAAGUCAAGUCAUUUCUCAGGUGUACAGUCUUUUUUAAGGAAUACGAAAAGCAAUGUAUGCAGAUGCAGGCCUUAGAGAACCACCAUAAAUGAUUUAAUGGCACUUAACAUGUUGGGUUACUUGCAAAACAGAGGGGUUUUGCAGGCCUGUUUCUUCUUCAGGCCUUCUCUUUGGACAUAAGAAUUUAGAAGUGUGAAGGGGUGUUACCGGUGGAGUUCCGCUCCUUUGCUGUUGAUCCUCAAAUAACCUCAUUAGAGGUGUUGCAGCAUAUCCUGAUUCGAGCCUUUGAGCUGAAUGGGAAACGCAACUUUGGGAUUAGCUACCUGUCCCGUGACCGCGGAGGAGUGGAGGUCUACGUGUCUCUGCUGUCUGACUGGGAUUUAGAUGCCGCCUUUGUUAGUGCGGCAAAGCCUUUCCUCCAGCUAAAGAUGGACAUCAAACCAACAGAGGACAGUCCUGUUUUGGAGGAUUGGGACAUAAUAAGCCCUAAGGAUGUGAUUGGCUCAGAUCAGUUGCAGGGAGAGAAGAGGUCAUUGGCAUCUGCUGCACUUCCCUUCACACAGUCGCUGCUGUCCCAGGUUACUCAUGAUGUUCUUCGCUCUGUCAGCCAGCUGUUUUACCAGCCAGUGUCUACUGCGUUCAGUCAGGUGGGUCGCACUUUAUCGCGUGUGCAGCAGGCCUUGAGUUGGUCCUAUGGGGAGGAGGUGAAACCAUUCAAGCCUCCCUUAAGUGAUGCUGAAUUCCACAGUUACCUGAACAGCCAAGGUCAACUGACCCGGCCAGAAGAACUUAGACUUCGUAUAUAUCAUGGUGGGGUUGAGCCAUCCUUACGCAAGGUUGUUUGGCGAUACCUCCUUAAUGUGUACCCAGAUGGUCUGACAGGGCAGGAGAGAAUGGACUACAUGAAGCGGAAGACAAGAGAGUACGACCAGCUGAAGAGUGAAUGGACGGCACGGGUCAGCUCAGAGGAUCUGGAGUUCAUUCGGGGAAAUGUUCUGAAAGAUGUUCUUCGUACAGACAGAGCACAUCCUUACUAUGCGGGCUCAGAGGACAGCCCACAUCUCACCGCCUUGACCGACCUCCUAACCACCUUUGCUAUUACACACCCACAGGUGUCUUAUUGCCAAGGCAUGAGCGACAUUGCCUCGCCAAUCCUCGCCGUCAUGGACAACGAAGCUCACGCCUUUAUUUGCUUCUGUGGCAUUAUGAAACGUCUCGAGGGCAACUUCCGCCCUGACGGACAACUCAUGUCCAUUAAGUUCCAGCAUCUUAAGUUGCUUCUGCAGUAUUCAGACCCUGAGUUUUAUGCCUACCUAGUCUCGAAAGGUGCUGAUGAUCUGUUUUUCUGUUACCGCUGGCUGCUUUUGGAGCUGAAGCGUGAAUUCGCUUUUGAUGAUGCCCUGCGAAUGCUGGAGGUCACCUGGAGCUCCUUGCCACCUGAUCCACCAGAGACAGAGGUGGAACUUCUGGGGCCAGCACUUGAGGCAGAUCAGCCCAACGGCUCUCAGAAUGUCCAUCAGAAUGUGGACAUGGAGGAGAUGGAAGAGAAGCUGACAGAAAGGCAGAGGAAACGUCACAUGCUAAGACCGUCUCGAGAGGAGGCAGAUGGGGGACGUUCCCUGGUCGUAGAGGAGGAGAAGGGGCCUAGGAAGGAAGGCGAAGGAGAGUACGGUGUAGAUGACAUGGUCAAGAAUGAUGUCAAGGCUCCGGCUCCCUCAUUUGAAAAACAGGCCAGUUUUGGGGAAUUCAAGUACUAUAGUGGCCGUAACGAGGACAGCUUUGAGAUGAAUGAAAAUGAUUGCUCUGAUCCCACGUUAUCUCCAGUACAGUUUCAGUCUGCACACUCUACGUUGCCAUUCUCGGCCUGCCAGUCCACAGAGGAAAGUGAGGAUGACCCUGGAGAGCAGGAACCUCUUAUUGGUAAUCAUACGCCAUCAUCUCCAGGGCAGAGAGACUCUCCCAAUGGUCAGGCAGCUUCCCCAGAAUCAUCUCUUCCUUCCUGUCUACCAAACUGGAAAAGUAGCUCCAAUCAGUCGCUGGAAGCAUCUAAUUCUGCCACCAGUUGGAGAACAGCAUCUCCUGAUGCCCUGUCAAAAUGCACAUCCUCUUCCUCUAGUGGAGACAAAGCCAUGUCUCCUGAUAAACCUUCUGGGGGGUUCACGUCAUCACAAGCUGUAAUAAACGGAACCGGGUCUCAGUCCCCAUCAGUGGUCGCAGGGAAAUCAUUACUGGCAUCUCCAUCGCAGGGUUACAAUCGGUCACUUCUCUCUUCGCCAGUUUUAUCUUUCGGCAAGUCCCCGUCUUUGCCCAAAGCAUUCUCCAGCAAUCUCCCCUCACCAUGCAGACCCACUGGGUCUGGCUUAACAUCUCCAAACACAAACAAACCAGAAGGAGGCGGAAUUAAACCCUGCUCGCUUCCCCCUCCACAAGAGUUCGGAAAAGGGAAUCCCUUCAUGCUUUUCCUUUGCCUAUCUAUCCUGCUGGAACACCGUGACCAUAUUGUCAAAAACAGCCUAGAUUACAAUGAGCUGGCCAUGCACUUUGACCGCCUGGUCCGUCGCCACAACCUUGGGCGUAUUCUGCAGCGAGCUAAAGCCCUCUUCGCAGACUACCUGCAGAGUGAAGUAUGGGACUCGGAGGAAGGGGAUGAAGUCAGCUUGGACUCCCCAGCUACAGCGGAGACAUCCCCCCAAACACCCAACACUAGGCCUCCUUUCCUCAAUGUACAGCCCUCUCAGGGUACCUUCCCGAAUUCAACCUAUAAUCUGGCCAAUACCAUUCCCUCUCCAACAACUCCCAUUGCCCUCUCUCCAUCCGCUUCUUGAUUCUGUGCAGUAGAAGAUCAUCUCCAGAAACCAGCUCCGGACCACAAACAGACACAGAAGCAAGUUUUUCUGUACCAUGCUGAGUCACAGCUUACCUUUGUGCUUUACAUGUGCUUUAUGGAACUUGUUUUGUUUUGUUAACAACCAAAGCUUAGUGACUUUCUUUCUUUUUUUGCCUUAUCCAACCAAGUGAAGCCCCUUUCAUUGUACUGUAUCUUUUUUUAUUGCACUUUAUUGAUUGUCCUUUGAAAGGGCAGGCCAGUUUUUGUCUCUUUUCACUUUGUAAAUAACACUUUCAAAAGGCACAUUAUGGGCACCUAAAACCCCUGUUAUAGUAGCCUCACUUACAUGAGACAAAGCAACAAGAUUUUACUGUUAUUUAUUUCUCUGUGUGCAAUCUUUAUUUUUGGAUGAAAAGGGUUGAAUCAGCUUCUUCUAAGGUUAUUGUGGCUCUGUUGUUGUAGGGAGGAGAAUGUUUACUAAGUAAAGCUCUUGAGACGCCCUCUGAAAUUCAUAAAAGAAUUUGUUUGACAUUGCCAGCAGCAAAGAUGUAUUUGGUAUGCUGAUAUAUGUCAGUUGUACUUUAUGAGAACCUUAAGCCUUGACUUUUGUUUGUACAGAACAUUUGAGCAGAGAUGAAGGUGCUGAAGCAUUAUCCAGUAUCCCACCAAUGUGAAACCUUCAGUUGUAGAAUAGGUAACAUUCAACCCCAAUCUUGAAUUAAUCUCUGAACUACUAAUGGAGCUCUCCUCUUCUCUAGUGUACAACAACUAUUUGCUGUAGUUCUACAUUAAGUGGAUGUUUCGGUAAAGCACCACUCCUACUAAGAUCAACAUGGAGAAUGGCUGGUAAUUUGGUGACACUUAUCCUCGCCUUUGUUGGAGAAGUGCCUCAUUUCACUGAAUUAGCCAUUUUUGUCUCUCUCUUUUCUGUGUGUAAAUAUAAUUUCAUUGCUUUCAUCCAACUUCCACCAAAGGUUUGUCUGUUCAUUUGUUGCCAUAACGACUUUGUCAUCAAGAGGCAACAAUCAAGGAUCCCUGCUGUUAAAAAAUCACAAAGUAUUACAAAAGUGUUUAAUGCCUUUAGCAGAAUGAUUUUCAUUGGAGACCUUGUAGACUCAUUCUUUAUGUCUUAAUACCAAGUGUUCUUUUCGCUUUUUUCUAAGUGCUAAAAUAAACCUGCACAUGGACUAAAAAAAGGAUUUUCCUGGAAAGUGGAACAGUUAAAGAGUCCUGUUCAUCAGCAUUAUGUGUAUACAACAUGUAAGUUUUUCUGAUUUUGAUUUGGUUCUAUAUGAUAGUAUUUUACUCAUACCCAUGGAGAGACUUGCUAGACUGAAUGCUUGCAAUACUCCUAUUUGUACAAUAAAUUCACUGAAUAUUGA